GCAGCGUGUAUUUGUGAACAAGUGUUCCUCAGCAGAAGCAUAGUUUUGAACGUUUUUGGGACUUCUGCUUCGUUCUUUUGGUUCUAGCAUCUUCUGCUUUUGGUCUAUAUUGCACUUGACAUUUUUGUAAUGGUUUUGGGACUGAGAGAGCACACCUCAGCCAUUGAGAACCGUUGACCUCCAUGGCUGUGACAACAUCUCUUGCAGGUUCUCAACUUUGGUGUCACAGUUUGAGGGGCAAACACUAUGGUCUUACACUGAGUUGGGAAAAGCAGCUGAAGAUGGCACAUAUAUGUGGUGGGAUGUGUGUUGGCCAAGCCAUGAGGAUUUGGGGGAAUAAAAAUCCAAAGGCAGUGAAGAUAGUGAUGCAUGUGGUUGAUCAUCAUCCAAUGGAUGGUGAUGUCUCCCAUGGACUGCAUAAAGAUUUGGGCUCCCUUCCAAAGCCAUUAUCCAUAUCUGAUAUUGUGGCUGCUUCUGACUCUGGUGCUAAAGUACGAAUAUCAUAUCAGGGGAUACCAGGAUCAUACAGUGAGGAUGCUGCAGUCAAAGCUUACCCCAAUUGUGAAACGGUUUCAUGCAAUGACUUUGAAGAAGCUUUUAAGGCUGUUGAGUUAUGGCUAGCUGAUAAAGUUAUCCUUCCAAUAGAAAAUACAUCUGGUGGAAGCAUUCAUCGGAACUAUGAUUUACUUCUUCGCCAUAGGCUUCACAUUGUUGGUGAGGUGCAGUUGGCUACUAACCUCUCCCUUCUAGCUCUACCUGGUGUCAGAACAGAGCACCUAAAACGGGUUCUAAGUCAUUCUCAGGCACUCGAAUUGAGUGAUAGUUUCCUGAAUAAAUUAGGUGUUGCGAGAGAAAAUGUUGAUGACACAGCUGGUGCUGCUCAGAUUAUAGCUUCAAAAGGUCUGUAUGAUGCGGGUGCAAUUGCAAGCAUUCGAGCAGCAGAAAUCUAUGGGCUUGAUGUACUUGCAGAACGAAUCCAAGACGACUCUGAAAUCAUCAGUCGUUAUCUCGUGCUUGCAAGGGAUCCGAUAAUCCCCAAAGCUGAUAAGCUCUUUAAGACAAGUAUCGUGUUUACACUGGAUGAAGGUCCUGGAGUACUGUUUAAGGCUUUGGCAGUGUUUGCAUUGAGGGACAUAAAUUUAACCAAGAUUGAAAGCCGCCCACAAAGAAAUCGGCCAUUAAGAGUUGUCGAUGACUCUAACACUGGAACUGCCAAGUAUUUCGAUUACCUUUUCUAUAUUGAUUUUGAGGCGUCUAUGAGUGAGCCCCGAGCACAAACUGCUUUAGGACAUCUGCAGGAAAUUGCCCCAUUUCUUCGGGUGCUGGGCUGCUAUCCCAUGGAUACAACCAUAUAGAUAGCUAUAUGGUCUUUUCAAUGAAUGCCAUCAUAUUGAAAGCCUCAAACUAGGAAGAGGAUUUGGUGCUACCUUCAUGUCCAAGUAAAACAAGAGCUGUCACAUGGUUGUAAUUUAUGAUGAUUGAUAACAAUAGCUGAUCCUGACCUUAGACAGUGGCAUUAGUUCAUUUAAACUUCAAUUCAUCCAACCGAGUUAGACGGUCAUUGAAGAUGAUCUUGAUGAAGGUUAAUGAGGUAUACGAGGUUUUAGCCAUAUAUGUAGUUUUUUUCUAUUACAUUGUCAAACCUAACAAAAUAAGGAACAAGAGAAGGAAAAGAAUCCGCUAAUGCAUUCUGUCACAGUGAUGUCAUAUUAAUCAAUAAAAACAUGUUUGGUUCGCAUCU